GCUGCUCGUACAACACCUAUUCAUGGCAUUGUAAGCGCUCUGCAGAGGGGCUUGCUGGAGGUGCGGGGGGUCCUAGAAGAGUCAAUGACCCAUAGCGUUGCAGGAGAUAUUGUGUCUUUAGUAGAAAAGCUCACUCUAGUGCUGCUAGGUGUGCUGUAUGGGGACCAGGACACUGAGGAGAAAGAUGUGCCUCCAUCAUUCUAUGACAUGGGGAAUGCAAUCAGUUCUCUGAUUGGUCAGGGUGGGGUUGAGGGGGCGGGGCUUGAUGAGGAUGGAGAGGAGAAUGUGCUGCUCUCUGAGGGACAUAGUCUAGUGCUGACCUGUUGCUGGGUUUCCUUGAAGGAAAUUGGUAUUUUUCUGGGCUCCCUGAUGGAGAGGAUCCUGUCACUCCACUGUAAAGAAUUGACAUUGAGUGUGACAGAACUCAGAGGGGCUUCCAAAGUGUUUAAAGACAUCAUUCUGAAAUGUAGACACUGGGGGGCAGUAGAGGGCGAGCAGCUCUGAUCCAGAAAUCAGUGAGAUCCCACCCCUCAUUUUACAACAGG